AUGGUUCCGUCGGACUCGCAUGAUCUGGGCGAUUCCUGGAUAGAAGUCACUCCACAAAGUUUGGGUUACAACCAAAAUGGUUCUAGUUAUUCAGGUUCCCAGGAGCCUGGGGGUCUCCAUACCAUAGUUGAAGAAAGGUUACUAAGUCUCUUCCUCUCAGAAGCCCAAGAACAUUCAGACAGGGCAAGCGAUGGUUCUCUGCCUAGCCCAUUAUCACACGACGAACUUCACAGUGGUGAUACAUCUGAACAAUCUCACUCUACGUAUCAAAAUAUAAGUAUGGCCAAAUUCCCCACUGCGAGUUUUCCAACUGACUUUCCAGUUACAAGCUCUGGAGAAUGGGCUAGUCGACCUGAAAUUGGAGCGUACACUGCACUGGCAUGUCAGACAAAUGAUUCUAAAGAAAGCGUAUCCAGUCCUCCUAAUUGCUCAUCUCCAAUUAACGGCUCGUGGUAUCUACGCAACUCGGCUUUUAUGAAAUCGCGUUUCAUUGGUUGGUUGCUUGAUCAUAUUCCAAAUAUAUUAAGCCAUGCGACUACAUUCCUGUUGGGAGCAAUUACCAUGCUUUUAUUCAUCCGAAAACGUGCAAGGUUCACAAAAGUACUAAACAUACCUUUGGAUUAA